AUGAAGCGGUCAACCGAUCCAAGCCAAACCACGUUGAUUUCAUCAGGAUUUCAUCUCCGGUUACCCAAGAUCGACCUACCAAAAUUCGACGAAGAUUUCUCUCGAUGGCUUUCCUACCGCGACACGUUUACCUCGAUGGUUUAUUUCAAUACGGAUAUUCCUACCGUAGCGAGGCUACAAUUCCUCCUACAAUCCAUUGAGGGAGAAUCUCAUAAGAUAUUCGAGACAGUCGACAUAGAAGCGGACAACUAUGCAUCGACUUGGGACGCUCUGCUGAAACGCUACGACAACAAGCGGUUCCUGAAGCGUCAGCUGUUCCGAGCCUUGUAUGAUCUCGCACCACUCAAGAGGGAGUCGUCGAAAGAACUGCACGAUCUUGUUGACGAUUACCAAAGGCAUGUGAGGGCACUUUCGAAGCUGGAUGAACCAGUUAUUCAUUGGGAUACCCCGUUGAUCAACCUACUGAGCUACAAGCUGGAUCCAACGACCCUCCGAGCCUGGGAGGAGAAGACAAGCGGCUUGGAGAAUUCCGUAGUAUCCGAUCUGCAGAUCCGCUCCAAUCAGCCCGGCCAAGUCAAUGUGGCAGGUUUUACACAGGUUCCGAAGAAGUUCGUCAAAAUGGUAUCCAAUUCCUCCACGACCGAACGCAAAUCCUACUCUCCGAGCUGUCACUUUCUGUUUCAAUGUCCAGCAUUCUCGAAGAUGUCCGUUCACCAGCGCCGUGAGCUGGUAUCCCAGAAGUGUUUAUGCUGGAAUUGCUUCCGCACUGGACACCAAGGCAGAAAUUAUACAUUCAAGAACGACUGCCGAAGCUGCCAUCAAAAACACCACACUCUCCUGCACCAGAAUCCUACCGCACGAUUUUCGUCCACUCCUGUUGUUGUAUCUGGUCAAUCGUCCCAGGAACCAAAUCCAGCCAUGUCGAACAUUGACGUAGUCCCCGGAUCAGCGAAUCCAAACUGCGAAGUUAGCAUGUCGGUACAGCCGUACCAAUCAAUCGUCCUGCUGGAAACGGAUCGAUGUGUAGCUUCAUUACCAAGAAAUUGGCCAAUGCACUCAACCUCCGCCGUGCGAAGGCAGACCUUGUCGUGUUUAAAAUCCUCCAAGCAGAUCAAACGCAAAUUGACUGCUACAAUCAAGUCUAAGUUGCCUUCGUACAGUACCACGCUCGAGUUCCUAAUCCUGAAAAGGCCUACCGUCUGUUUGCCAACCACUCCGGUCGAUACGUCCACGUGGAAAUUUCCCGAAGUUGCAUUAGCCGAUCCAAAAUUCCACGUUCCCGCUGACAUUUAUCUGGUUGUUGGAGGAGAAAUCUAUCACGAGCUGCACAGUGGCAGCAAAAUAUCCCUUAGCGAAGUUCCCAUCCAAGUACCCGGAAUCCAUAAGAUUUACCAUCUUACCACGGUGGACCGCAACCUGGAACUAGCCAUACAAAAAUACUGGGAUCUCGAGGCUGUUAAACAGUAUUCCAAGUUCACCGCUGAAGAAAAUCUCUGUGAAAAAUUGUUUUCCACUACCACCACUCGCGAAUCGUCGGGUCGUUACAUCGUUCCCUUACCACCCACCCGCGAUCCGCUCGUUACUCUCGACAAAUCUCGAUCAAUCACCGUACGCCGUUUCCUGAGCCUUGAAAGACGACUUGAGCGAGAUCCAGCCACCAAGGAGACCUACUGUCGCUUCAUGGAAGAUUACGAACGCCUUAGCCACAUGGUGAAACUCGUGGAUCCAGUAGACGAAGCCCAGCCGCACUGCUACCUUCCGCAUCAUCCGGUGUUCAAAGAAUCCAGCACAACCACUAAAAUUCGAGUUGUUUUUGCUGCUUCAUGCAAGACAUCAUCUGGGUUCUCUGUGAACGAUCUGCAGUUGGUUGGACCCGUUGUUCAGGAAGAUCUACAGUCAAUCCACAUACGUUUCCAUAGCCACCAGAUUGCAUUCGUCGCCGAUGUCAAGAAGAUGUAUCGGCAAAUACUGUUGCAUCCUCCCUUCCGCCGAUAUCAGCUAGUGCUUUGGCGUCCCCAUCCAAGCCAACCGAUCGCUACUCACGAGCUGCAAACUGUGACGUAUGGUUUCGCAUCCGCGCCAUUCUUGGCCACCCGUACCCUCCAACAAAUUGCACAAGACUCUUCCGAAGAAUAUCCAGCUGCAGCAUCGAAGGUUCAGAGGGAUGGUUGCGUGGAUGAUUUCCUCUCGAGCAGCACACAUGUUGUACAUAGAUCACAGUAG